CUCCAACCACGACCAUCCAUCCUUCAACUUCCCCCACUCACCCCCGGAAUGGCCUGCGGUUCGAGCCGCCUUCCCUGGCCUCCUCUUCGUCCGUCGCUGCCACCAUGACCAACCGUGACCCCGAGUUUCGGCAUCAGCUGGGCAAAUUCCGACUCGAUCCCCUGCCCCUUCCUUCGCAUCCUCAAUCUCUUCCUCAUCCUCAUCCUCAUCCUCAUUCUCACUCCAUUCCUUCUCCGCAGUCGUUGCCGCCGCCUCCCCUGCCGCCUCAGCCGCACCACCAGCAACACCAGCAACGCCCGCCCCAACCGCCUCAAUCGCUACCUCCUCCCUCGCAAUCGUCCCCCUCACACCUCGCUCCUUCUCGCAGCAAACGGGUGUCAACCGCAUGUGAUUUUUGCCGGAAAAGGAAGAAGAAAUGUGACUUCCGAUACCCGAAUUGCUCCGCGUGCACUCGCGCCGGCGUCCGCUGUACCAUUCCCCCCCCGGGUCCUCAGGUCGCGGCUGCGUCCGUACCUCGCGAUCAGCUGGAAAACCUACAAAACCGCGUCAGAUGGCUCGAAGAGGUCGUGCGCCGCAAGACAGGCAUCUCCGUUGCCGAUCGGCCGACGGGGACGGCCCUGGAUGGCGAAGGGGAUCCGGACUGGUGGUACCAGGUACCGGCCAUGAUGAUGACCCGGGGCAGUCCGGCGCACUCGACGCCUACGACGACUGCAACUGCGCCAUCCAGCAGCCCGGCUCCCAGUUCUUCUGCUGUAGGUACGGAGUUACCGAAUGUGGGUGAGAUCUUCCGGGACCAGUUGGAGCACCGAAGGCCUUCCAUCGCGCGCCCGGUCGCGUCCGCGCCUCGCGUGAUCCGGCUUUCCUCACUGGAAGAGGCUGAACGAGUGACUACACAAUAUUUCGAUAGCCUGGGUUACCAGUAUCCGUUUCUCAACCGGGUUGAAUUUUUCGCCCAUCUGCGGCGGAUUUAUGCGGGUGAGGUACCAGCUCCGGAGGUUCACCAUUCGUAUCAUAUCACCAUAGCUACGGCCUUGUUGAUCGGGGCUGCCGACGAGUCUCAGGCAGCCGAGUUCUAUCAUGUCAGUAACGAGACCAUGGCACUGGCUUUACAGAAUGAGGACUUGGCGGCAGUUCGGGCCCUGUUGAGCGUGGCAGUAUACACGAUGUUUGCGACCACGGGUCCAAGUGUGUGGCAUAUCCUCGGGACGGCUUUGCGUCUCGCUACCAGCCUAGGAUUACACAAAGCCCGUUCAGUGGGCAACGCGGUGGAAGAGGAGAUGGCUAAACGGGCGUUUUGGAGUCUAUACAACCUUGAUCGACUGAUAGCGAGUACCCUUGGACGGCCACUUGGGAUAGCGGAUGAAGACAUCUCUGUAAGCCUGCCGCGAGAGUUUAACGAUGACUGGACGGAGGCCCCCGGGGCUAGCGCCAUGACGAUUCCCCUGCAGGUGGUACGUCUGCGUCGGAUCUUUUCACGCAUCUACCGUUACUUAUUUAACAAUCAAUCGCCACCCCCUCCUACUGAGGUCGCCAUCACGCUCAGUCAUUUUCGCCAGGAGCUGGAUGACUGGCGGCGCGCAGCCCCAGUGUACCCACCAGCGCUUCUCUACUCCACUAGCUAUUACGAUUACUUGUACGCCACGACCCUGCUCCUCAUGUACCGGCCCAGUCCGCGGAAUCCGACGCCCGACGCAACAAGCAUAGUGAGCUGCGGGGAUGCUAGCAUUCAGGUUAUUCGGUCAUACUGGGACAGUUAUUCGUUGGGUAAGCUCAAGUGGAUCUGGUUGACUCUCAGUCAAGUCUACUUUGCCGGCAUCACGAUCCUGUGGUGUCUCAACCAAGACCUUCAUUCUGUCCGCGAGGGCCGUGUGGCGGCAUGGAAGCCGGAGGACCAGACCAUGCGACGUGCCAUCCAGGCGGUUGUUGUCUUGUUGGAGGAGUUUGGAAAGCGCCGCCCGGGAGUGGAACGACUGGCGGAGACCUUUCGCAACCAGAGCACAAUGAUCUUCAGCCACUUGGCAUAUCAGCAGGAACAGCAGCAGCAGCAGCAGCAGCAGCAACAACAACAACAACAGAUCCAACAACAACAACAGCCUCCGCCACCACCGCCACUACCACAUCAUCAACCAAUCCUGGAGCAGCCACCGCCGCCGCAGCCGCAGCAUGUUCUGGUCGCACCGCCGGUGCCUCUGGCGCCGGUGCUAGAUGAUGUCCUGUUGGUCAAUGGAUCGGGGACGAUAAACCCCAACCACGCUUAUCUUCUGCCAACUCUCACUCCCACCUCCACCACCAUACUCACAACCACUACCAUGACUUCUGUUGAAGCCAAAGCCCAAGCCUUUUAUGGCACUGUCAUCCACACCCUUAGUUCCGAUGAACUUGAGAUCCUCACCGAUGCCUUCAUCCUCAUCUCCCCCACUGGAACCAUCGAAUCCAUCCGUCCACGCACCCCGGCAGCCUCCAUCCCUGACAUUCUCCCAGAGCACGGUUACUCUGAAUCUACCUGCACCGUGACGAUUCUCCAACCGUCCGAGUUCAUCAUUCCCGGCUUCAUCGAUACCCACACUCAUGCCCCGCAAUGGGCGCAACGCGGCACCGGGCGCGGCAUCGACCUUUUGACUUGGCUGGAAACCAUCACCUUCCGACACGAAGCCAAACUAUCCGAUCCGGAAUAUGCGAAGACGCUCUAUAGCUCCUGUGUCCGCGGUGGUCUGAAACAAGGAAUCACCACCGCCUGCUACUACGGCUCCCGCCAUGCGUCGGCAUCGGUGAUCCUCGCGGAAACCUGCCUUAGCCUCGGCCAGCGCGCCCUUAUUGGGAAAUGCAAUAUGAACCGCCACGCCCCGGACUGGUACCGUGAUCCGUCGGUGGAGGAGUCUCUACGUGAUACGGAGGACUUCAUCGCCGAGGUUAGGAAGCUUGAUCCAGCGCACGGAUUAGUAACGCCCGUGAUCACGCCACGGUUCGCGAUCAGCUGUGAGGAGGAGCUCCUAGUUGGGCUCGGGGAGGUUGCGACCCGGAACAGUGACUUGCCCGUUCAGACCCAUUUCAAUGAGUCGCGGGGCGAGGUGGAUUUCACGAGGUCAUUGUUUCCGAAUGAUAAGAGUGAAACUGAGCUCUAUGAGCGGUUGGGGUUGCUGAAUGACCGCAGCAUUCUUGCUCACUCGAUAUAUCUUUCUGAUGCGGAAAUUGAACGCAUAACGGAGUUGAAGUGUGGGAUUGCUCACUGUCCCAUCCCCAAUGUCACGAUGGAUGAGUUCAUGGUUGCGCCCGUACGAGAGUAUCUGAGACGCGAUAUCAAGGUCGGUUUAGGGACCGACUGCGGUGGAGGGUAUUCGAGUUCCAUGCUUGAUGUGAUGAAGGCUGCGUUUGUGGUGUCUACGGCGCGGUGUACGAUGACAGAAGGCCGGGACAAGCCGUUGAGUGUCACGGAAGGGUUUUAUAUGGCUACGCUAGGAGGCGCGAGGGUGUGUGGACUGCAGGAGAAGGUUGGGAAUUUUCUGGUCGGCAAGGAGUUCGAUGCGCUGCUUGUUCGGACCCAUGGGGAGGGAGUAAUGGCGCCGGUGGAGGAGGAAGAUGGAAUCCAGAAGGUGUUUGAAAAGUUCCUAAUGACGGGGGAUGACCGCAACAUUGGCCGGGUGUUUGUCAAGGGGCGGGAAGUGCAGGGCUAUAAUUAA